CUUAUAACAUGUCACCAAAAAGAAGAAGUGAAGCUCAUGUUAUUACUCACAGUUGUCUCCCCAGUCUGUGACAAGCUCAGGACCAAGCCGCACUCACCACCACCACCACCCAGAGACCACCCUUUAAUGCGUCCACACCGGUGGUUUGAUUUCCUCUUCUUGUCUGUUGGAUAAACAAAUCUAUAAUAAAUGGAGGAACAGCUGUACUAUGCUACAGUAGCUUUCAAGGCUAAAAAUGGAGUUUCUUCUUUUGGUGAGUCAUGCUCUUCCUUUUCAUUUAUUUUCAGAGUGGAGAGUCAGUUUUUACCAAUUUGUUCUGAAGUGUGCACACAGCCGGCUGAACCGUACCCAGAACAUGGAUUUAACCUUUUUAUGAGUCCAUUUAAACGACAGCAGCACCUGAAAAAGACCUCCUUUGUUGUUACUUUUUUAGUCUGUUGGCUUUUUCGUCUUAUUCAAUCAGUCCAGUAACACCGCUGAAGCCCAUAUCAUGAUGUGGUUUGUGGUUGCUUCAUGUCUGUUUUCUUUAAUUUGGUCGAUGUCUCAUUCAGCUCAUUGCUCUUCUUUUACUUCAGUUGAAUUUGACUUGUAAAAACAUAUCUUGGCUUUCUUAUUUUAAUCCAAAGAAUGAAGAUACUUGCUCUAACACUGUGCUUCAGCAGUGGCUAUUCCAGAGUCUAUUGGGGAUUCGGGCAAAAAUUUGCAAGGGCUGCACAUGGUGCACACUCAACCCUGUCAGAGCAAGCAGAGCAAGAUACUCAGCGUGUUUACAUGUAAUUUAGAGUCCAACGAAAACUGGACUUGAAAAAACAGUCUCACAAACACAGCAGAUUAACACGGUUUGGAAACAGUUUUCUCUUAAAGACUGAAACUGUCCUGAGAGUCUGCAUGUUCAGCUUUGAGCCAGAAGUAGAAUGACGUGGAAGCGUUACAAGGAAGCCAGGUAGCAAACAAAACCUCAACAGAUGAGAGAAAGGCGUAAAAAAGACAAAACCUUUUUAAUCAUACAAACUGAUGAUACAGCCUGUCAGUUAGUUCAGUUAAUAACAGGCUGAAAGGAGGCGUGUCGCCACCUACUGUAAAAGGGGGGGAUUGGCCUCUGUCAGUUUGGCUUAUUGAGCUAUAACCUUAGCCUGACUGACCCUAGGCUGCUCUAAGUUAAGCUAAGUUUAUGUAUUUACGGGUCUAACCCACAUGUGGAAGACUGGCAGCAUACAUAAUAUUUGGUCAUUAUCUACUUUCACCGUUACAGUCGACUACUGCUUCUUCUUUACGUUUCCUCUUUCCCCCCUUUCUUUCACACUCUACAUGAUUUCUGCACAUUUCUCAUUGAAGGAUUUUCACACAGGUGUAAGACAGGUAUGCUGCUGUCAAGUGAAGUGAGAGUGAGUGUUGUCAAACUUUGCACUUUUGGGUCACAGCUGUGGUUAAUUUCAGCUGUCAGGGGGGACCCUCACUCGCCCAAACCAACUUCUCUGAAAGCUUUUAUUUGUGUCUAAAGUUUUUUUUCCAGCUCAUGGUCUUGCAUUUUAAAAAAAAUUAUCAAUGUUGUGUGACUUUUGUGGCUAAACUGUUCAAGCACUGCAAUAUCUUUGGAGUAGUAUUUUCUUAUAUAUAAAAAAAUAAAGCGCUUUACUUGCCCUGGUAAGUGGCAUAUAUAAGUAUUUGGUGCAUCACACUUCUUUCAAGUUUCCUUAUCAUUUGACUUUUUUGUCUUACUUCUGCAGGCGUGCAUCAUUUAAAACUAUGUGCCUAAUUAGUGAAAUACUUUUUCCAUUGCGAGUAUUGUACUUGUAUUGAAGUAAAAGUAAAAACUAAAACAUACGGUGAAUCAUCGUUCCAAUAUUACGGUCCACAUCUUUGGAACAGCGUACCUGCAGACCUGAGAGCGACACCUACUGUUCAUAUUUUUAAAAGUAAACUAAAGAUCGACCUUUUUAGUCUGGCUUUUAGCUACAUUUUGUUUUAACCUUUAAUCUGCAUUAUGUGAUUUUACACUAUUUUAGUCCAAGAGUAAUUCUUUUGUGUUUUAUUACCUCUUUUUUUAAAAUUUACUCUCUUUUAUUGUUUGAUUUGAGGACUUUUAUUUAAUUAGCUUUUAAUGCUUUAUCACCUUUAUUAUAUUUUAUCAUGGUUUUAUCGUUUUAGUCCAAGAUCCAGUGUUUCCUCAGCCUUCUGUGGCAUAAAGAGUCCUGGGGCUCUAUUUUCGUUCGCGCCGGUGAGGCGGCGGAGGGCGGCGAGCCCCGCGCAGUUGUAUUUUCGUCUGGCGGAGCCCAGCGUAAGGCCAAUUUGGUAUUUUCGUGGCAUGAGCCGCACGGAGGCGAGCCGAGAUCCGCCAAGCUGGGCGUGGUGGUGUGGCAGGGGGAGGUGUCGACAGAAUCAGCUGGCGCAGUGACAUUUUCGUGCUCGCCAACGGCGUGUAAAGUGCGCUGAAAGCUCGCCGAUUCAAACCUGGUCAGCUUUCAGCGCAAGGCGGAACGCAGCUGGUCUAGUAGUAUUUUGGUAGACCGGCGGCGUAUCGACAUACGUCACUGAUGCCUCACCGGCAGGUUUCCACAGUGUCAGGCACAUUUCAGUGCAAUAAAUAAUCAUCAUCAACUAUUAAUCUGAGUCAGCACAUACAUUUAGAUCUAUACAGAUAUAUUCUGAUCUAUAUCUGAUCUGAUGAGCGCGUUUGGCACGCGUUUGGACACACAACCUGACCGAAUCAACACAGCUGAAACCGCAUAAAAUUAAAUUAAAUAUCUAGUAAAUAAACACACAUGAUGAAGUUAACUAGAUAUGUAAUUCGUCUCCCUCUUUUUCUUUCUUCCUCUUCCUCUUAUUUCUCGCACAGCUCGACCUGGACACGUCUCCGUGUCCUCUGUCCGUCUUGCUGCUGCUGCAGCUGAACAGAUGAUUUGUUUCAGUGCUCAGAUGCGUUAUCUACUUUAAGCCGACAUACAGAUAUUAUAAUAUUCAGUUUUGUGAGCCAAAUUUAUUUUAUAUGCCAACAUCUAUGAAAGAAAGAGCCAGGCCACGGAGCGCGAUGCGUCAUUUACGCACAGAUGGUUCCGAUUUUAAUGCCAUUUUUGGAGUUUAUGUUGUGAUCUGUGCGCUCAACCCACCUUUGUUACGUGAGGUUUGAAUAUGAGCAACUUUAUGUGAGUGUCUUUAUUUGUGGAAAAGGGUGUUUGUCUUACCAGUGGGUCCAACAUUACGCACACUAAAUCCAUCUGUGCUCAUAUGAGAGAGUGUGGAGGACACUUGUUGAGCAGCUGCCCUCUGUCGCCAUCUUGUGGCAUUACUGUCUUAAGACAUCUCUUGAUCUCUUUGACUACUUCAUGAAAAUAGUAAUACGCCUCGCCUGUGGCGGAUUUAAAGGCAAGGAGAGGAGCCUAUGUGAUUGGUGAAAACAGGUCUCGGCUGUGUUAAACCGACUUCACGCCCUUUCUCCUCCCCGUUACGACUUACGGUGCUGGGAGGAGCUGAGUUAGGGAGGGGGGAUACUUACGCCGGGCUGCGCGGCUCACCAAAAUACCAAAAUGUGCUUGGGAACGCCUUGUCAGCGCAGCGGAUCUGACUGACGCUGCGCUUGCGGCACGUCUCCGGCGAGGCACCAAAAUAGAGCCCCUGGUCUUUUGUGUAUGCAUCUAUAUGUGUGAGUGUGUGAGUGCUGUAUGUGUUGAACGGGGGUUGGAUGGGGUUUGGUAUUUGUAUUUAUUUUAUUUCAUUGUUUUUUUUAAAUAUAUUCUGUGCAAAUGGACAGCACUUUGUGUAACACUCCAUGUAUGAAAAGUGCUUUAAAAAUAAAGUUUGAUUGAUUGAUUGAUUGAUUGAAGAAACGGACUUUAGGUCUUGCAGUCAUAACUCCUGAAAUGAUGUUUUCUAAUAAUACCAGUUGUAGACUUGGCGAUGCAUGACAGGAAGGGGCUUCUGAAAGUGAUAAAAUGUGCGUUUCCGUUUUGAUUUUGCAGAUAGCUCAAAUGAGGUGGAAACGAUAUACGAAGAAGUGAAAACUGAUGUGCUGACAGCUCCUGCCAUGCCUGGUAACCAGUUUUCACCAUGAUAAAAACAUAAAUGAGAUAAUUGUUGUCAUAAAGUGAAUGUAAUGAAUUUUUUUUCUAUUUUUGGUAGAAAAGGAAAAGAAAGCUCCUCUUUGCACUCCACUUCAUCUGCUGGCAGCAUGUUUGGGGAUCAUCUGCAUCAUCUUGGUGUCGUUAAUCAUCACCCUCCACUUCCAGUGUACGUCUGUUUGGAUGACUUUAGAUGUUAUGUGACACAACAAGUGAGUGCAGCAGUAAUGAUUUAAUCCCGGUUUCAGUCCACACAGCCAUGACGGAGCAGCUCAGAGAAAACAGCAACCUAACAGCUCAGACCGUGCAGCUGAUGUCAGAGAGAGACGACAUGCAGAGACAAACACGAGAGCUGACCAGAGAGAUGGACGGACUAAACUGGACUUUGGGGGUCAUAAUGAAAUACAAGAGCUUCCCAGUGGAUACCUUCUGCCCACAGAAAGGUGAGAAGAUGGUGGCUAUAAUCUAUAACCUACUUUUGAGCCAAAGAACUGUGAAGCACUUUAGUUUACUGUCCUGUGAAAAGUAUCACCUGCAAGAGUUUACAAAGAUUUCUAUGGUGGCCUUCAAGGUCAAAUGUGCAAACAAUCCAACAAUCACGAUUGAGAUUUUGUUGUCUUGUUCUACAGUGUGUAAACCUUGUCGGGACGACUGGGUGCUAUUUCAGUCAAGCUGUUAUCUGUUUACAAAAUUGGUGCAUUCAUCCGACUGGAAGAGGUGGGCUGAAAGUCGUGAAGAGUGUCAAAAAUUGAACGCAGACCUGGUGGUGAUUGAGAGUGAAGAAGAACAGGUACAUCUGGAUUCAUUUGGCUGAAUUUGUGUUUUUGUGCCUCUUCAUUAAUGUUCCCACACAUGAAGAUUAAAAGCGUGUUGUCAGACACAACAACUAUUUUCAAGCUUAAAGAUUUUUCUGUCUUCAGUGUUUUUUUCUUCCAUCUUUAACUUUAAUUAUCAUUUUAGAUUCAGUGUAGAAACACCUUCUUUAUUUGUCUUGCUUAGAAAUUCAUCAAUGGCCACACAGAAAAAUAUAACGAUGACAAUCAUGGCUACUGGAUUGGCUUAAGCAAAAAUGCUGGCACAAAGACAUGGAGGUGGUUUGACGGACGCAACCUGACUGCAGAGUAAGUACAAAAAAAGAAGUUUUCAGAUGUCACAAACUGUAUGACUCCAUCACAUCGUCGAUCAUGAUGUGAAACGUCUCACAUCUUACAAACCAGAGCAUCAUUUAGUCGACUGGUGAGCAGUUUUUUCUCCAUGAUGUAGAGAAAUCUGGUGGAAGUGAAAUUCUCCCAGUGUCAUUAUUCGACAGAUGGUCGUUUGAGUAAAAAAGCAGAUGGCAAACUGACUUCAAACAUGUCCCGCUGAGUAAAAACCUUUCCAAAAGAAGCAAAGAGGGCUGAAACCAAGAUUAAAAUGUUGGUCCAGAAUCUCCAGAGCGGCCUUGCACAAACUCAAAGAGUGUCAUGGCCUGUGCUGGAAUGAAAUAGCAUGUUUCUUUUUCAUUUAAAUGUCAUAAAAUGUAAAACAAAUCUGAGUAAAAGACGACCAAGGAGGUCAAAGAAACACUCGUUCAACUUUUUGUUGACGGCUGACUUGACUGACAGGCAGGCACACCGUGGCUAUUUGAGAGGAGACUCCAGGCCCACCUCUGGUAACCUGACUGCUUCUAAUACCAACUAGAAAAGCACUCAGAGAGCGCAGACCUCCGCCAAGCAGCUCAUGUCCCCCCUUAUAUUGUGAUUCACACCAAAACUUUUACUGUUACGUGUCUUUUAUUAACGUUUAUUUGUGUUUAAACUGGUAUGUUCACUGUUCAUAAUGUUCCUAAAACAAGAAAUGCCCUGACCAGGAUUCAAACCCAGGACCUUCUUGCUGUGAGGCAACAGUGCUAACCACUACACCACUGUGCCGCCCAUUGGUUAUCUUUCAGCAUUGAAAAUUCCAACGACACCCUUAUUUUUGUGUGUUCUGGAUCACAGUAUCCAGAAUUUUGUCUGGAUCAGGAUCAACCUUUGACACCUCAUAAAACUCAUUGAGAUGCAUUUGUGUCAUUUUUUACUAAAGACUCUGGACAUUUUUAUAGAGUUAAAUGCAAAAAUUCAAAAAUUUGCCCUAUCUCACAAUGAUAAAGAAUCCUUCAAAAAAUUCCUGGAUCCAGAAGGCGAUCCGGAUCACCACCAAAAUGUAAUGGGAUCGUCCUGGGGCUGAGACGCACCUCUGGUGAAAAUUUCAGGUCAAUCCAUCUGUAACUUUCUCUGUAAAGUUGUUCACAAACAAACAAACAAUCAAACAAACAAACAAACAAACCAACGCUACCGAAAACAUAACCUCCUUGGUGAAGGUAAUUAUAUACAGCCUGCAAACUCAGUGGUAUUAAGACAUUAACCAAGUAUCAAUUUGGGGUUUAAUGGGGAAAUCUAUGGAGUAUGUCUUGACCGUGAAAACUCAAAACAAGAAGAACUUGAUGUGACGUUGUUUAGCAUUAAACUACAUGAAAUAGCUGAAAUACUCUCAGACAAAGCAAACAGAGCUUCCCUGCUAUCCCAACAGUAUAGCAUUAAUCUGACAGUCCUCCUCUCAGUAAGAAUACACAAAAUGAAAAAGCAGACACUCAUCUUAAUAAACGUUUUUGUUUUUCUCCACCAGGUAUUGGAGGAAAGAACAAUCUAGCAGCUCGUACGAAUGUGCUGUAACUUCACCACAUGGAGUUCCUCCGGCGAACUGGAAGAAAGCCAGCUGCUACAUGAUGAACCGCCACAUCUGUGAAACCAGAGCCUUAACUAAACAAGAGGAAGAACCAUCAGAUUUCACAUAGUCAUCUAACCUCACUUUGUCCAUCAUCUAUUUAAGUGUUUGUGUCAGUCUGGAUUUGAGAGUCCCUUCAUCCAGUUUGGGUCUGCAGAAAGAGGACCCAGACAGAUGGAGGCUUUACUCCUGUUUAAGCUACAUUUGUUAAACAGUCCACCUCUGUUAUGGUGAAUGAAUGAACCUUUUUUGUAAGUAAAUGAUUCAUUUUAAACAUCCAGUUUUUGUCGGCAGCUGAAUCAGACGAGCUCAAGUCUGUGAGCUACAGAUGGUUGUUAAAGUGAACUUUAUGGCAGCAUGGUCCUUUAAAAGCAUGAUAACAGAUGGUGCACACACACAACAGCCAAGGCACCGCAAAGUCACUGUCCACUUUUGCUGCUUUGUUUUUGCAUUGAAGCGAAGAGUUUCUUUAAUGAAGCAAAUGUUGCAGAAGGUUAAUUUACAAUAAAGUCCAGCCCUUUUUUUUGCUUUAAA